AUGAUGUGCGAGGUGAUGCCGACCAUCAGCGAAGCAGAAGGCCCCCCAGGAGGAAGCGGGAGCCAGGGGUCGGGCUCCCCAUCACAGCCAGAUGCCGAUUCACAUUUUGAACAACUCAUGGUGUCUAUGUUGGAAGAAAGGGACCGCCUUCUUGACACGCUGAGAGAGACUCAGGAAACUCUGGCAUUAACCCAGGGGAAACUGCACGAGGUCGGUCAUGAAAGAGACUCCUUGCAGAGGCAGCUCAGCACUGCACUGCCACAGGAGUUUGCUGCGCUCACUAAAGAACUCAAUGUGUGCCGUGAGCAGCUCUUGGAGAGGGAAGAGGAGAUCGCUGAGCUGAAGGCAGAAAGGAACAACACCCGGCUACUGCUUGAACACCUGGAGUGCCUGGUCUCCAGACAUGAGCGUUCCCUGCGGAUGACAGUGGUGAAGAGACAGGCCCAGUCCCCUGCGGGCGUGUCCAGUGAGGUGGAGGUACUGAAAGCGCUGAAGUCCCUGUUUGAACACCACAAGGCCCUGGACGAGAAGGUGCGAGAGCGGCUCCGAGUCGCACUGGAGAGGUGCAGCUUGUUAGAGGAGGAGCUGGGUGCCACCCACAAAGAGCUAAUGAUUCUCAAGGAACAGAAUAAUCAGAAGAAAACGCUGACGGAUGGAGUGCUGGAUGUGAACCAUGAGCAGGAGAACACCCCGAGCACCAACGGCAAGAGAUCUUCUGACGGUUCCCUGAGCCACGAGGAAGACCUGGCCAGAGUGCUGGAGCUGCAGGAAGUCAUAGACAAGCAGUCAAGAGAGCAGAGCCAGAUGAAGGAGCGUCUGGCCGCCCUGUCCAGUCAUGUGGCAGAGCUGGAGGAGGAUCUGGACACGGCCAGGAAGGACCUUAUUAAGUCUGAAGAGAUGAACACAAAGUUGCAACGUGAUGUCCGAGAAGCGAUGGCCCAGAAGGAGGACAUGGAGGAGAGGAUCACCACUCUGGAAAAACGCUACCUCGCUGCACAGCGUGAAGCCACGUCUGUGCAUGACCUCAAUGAUAAACUUGAAAAUGAAAUUGCAAAUAAAGACUCCAUACACCGGCAGACAGAGGACAAGAACCGCCAGUUGCAGGAGCGCCUGGAGCUGGCAGAACAGAAGCUGCAGCAGACCCUGCGUAAAGCUGAGACACUGCCGGAGGUGGAGGCGGAGCUGGCCCAGAGGGUGGCUGCGCUCUCCAAGGCCGAGGAGAGACAUGGCAACAUCGAGGAGAGGCUUCGGCAGAUGGAAGCACAGCUGGAGGAGAAGAACCAGGAGCUGCAGCGGGCAAGGCAAAGAGAAAAGAUGAAUGAGGAACAUAACAAGCGCCUCUCAGACACCGUGGACAGGCUUCUCUCGGAGUCCAACGAGCGGCUACAGCUCCAUCUGAAGGAGAGAAUGGCGGCACUGGAGGACAAGAAUUCUCUGUUACGGGAAGUUGAAAAUACAAAGAAGCAGUUGGAAGAGACGCAGCAUGAGAAGGACCAGCUUAUCCUGAACAUUGACACCCUGAGGGCUGAGCUGGACCAGAUGAGACUGAGAGGCCCUUCGCUUCAUCACGGCCGCCCUUUUCCGCCUUUCAGCCGACCCCACCUGGGAAGCGUCCCGGACUUCAGGCUCCCUGUGGCGGACGGGCACGUAGAUGCCUACAGCGGUGCGGUGUUGCGGCGCCCCCAGAAGGGCCGGCUGGCAGCGCUCCGAGACGAGCCGUCAAAGGUGCAGACCCUUAAUGAACAGGACUGGGAGCGGGCCCAGCAAGCCAGCGUCCUGGCAAAUGUGGCACAGGCAUUUGAAAGUGAUGUGGAUGUGUCUGAUGGAGAAGACGAUAGGGAUCCUCUGCUCAGCUCGGUUGAUCUGUUGUCUCCCAGUGGGCAGGCUGAUGCCCAGACACUGGCCAUGAUGCUCCAGGAGCAGCUAGACGCCAUCAACAAAGAGAUCAGGUUGAUACAAGAAGAAAAAGAGAACACAGAGCAGCGGGCAGAGGAGAUCGAGAGCAGAGUGGGCAGCGGGAGCCUGGACAAUCUUGGUCGUUUUAGAUCAAUGAGCUCCAUUCCCCCCUACCCCGCUUCCUCACUCGCUGGCUCCUCCCCUCCUGGCAGCGGUCGGUCCACCCCAAGAAGGGUCCCUCACAGCCCUGCUCGGGAGGUGGACAGGCUGGGCGUCAUGACUCUGUUACCAGCUUCCCGAGAAGAGGUACGAGACGACAAGACGACCAUAAAAUGUGAAACCUCCCCCCCCUCCUCCCCACGCUCCCUGCGGUUAGACAGGCUGCACAAGGGCGCGCUGCACACGGUCAGCCACGAGGACAUCAGGGACCUGAGGAACUCCACAGGCUCCCAGGAUGGCCCCGUGAGCAAUCCCAGCAGCAGCAGCAGCAGCCAGGACUCCCUCCACAAGGCCCCGAAGAAGAAGGGCAUCAAAUCCUCCAUUGGACGCUUGUUUGGCAAGAAGGAAAAGGGCCGACCUGGGCCGCCGGGCAAGGAAUCGACAGGGCAAGCUGGUGUUCCGGAGACGGAGAAUUCAUCUCAGGAUGCCUUGGGACUCAGUAAACUGGGAGGACAGGCUGAGAAGAAUCGCAAACUUCAGAAAAAGCACGAGCUACUGGAGGAGGCCCGGAGGCAAGGCUUGCCAUUUGCGCAGUGGGAUGGGCCCACGGUGGUGGUGUGGCUGGAGCUCUGGGUUGGGAUGCCUGCCUGGUACGUGGCUGCCUGCCGAGCAAACGUGAAGAGCGGAGCCAUCAUGUCGGCCCUGUCGGACACCGAGAUCCAGCGGGAGAUCGGCAUCAGCAAUCCCCUGCACAGGCUGAAGCUGCGGCUGGCCAUCCAGGAGAUCAUGUCACUGACCAGCCCUUCUGCCCCACCUACGUCCAGGACGACCACAGGAAAUGUCUGGUUAACACACGAAGAGAUGGAAACGCUCGCAGCCACACCGCAAACGGAAGACGAGGAGGGCAGCUGGGCUCAGACGUUAGCGUAUGGGGACAUGAACCACGAGUGGAUCGGCAACGAGUGGCUGCCCAGCCUGGGCCUGCCACAGUACCGCAGCUACUUCAUGGAGUGCCUGGUAGAUGCCCGCAUGCUGGAUCACCUGACCAAGAAGGACCUGCGAGGGCAACUGAAGAUGGUCGACAGCUUCCACAGGAACAGUUUCCAGUGUGGAAUUAUGUGCCUGAGAAGGUUAAAUUAUGACCGAAAAGAACUGGAGAGAAAAAGAGAAGAGAGCCAGAAUGAGACGAAAGAUGUGCUGGUUUGGAGCAAUGACCGGGUGAUUCGCUGGAUCCUGUCCAUCGGCCUUAAAGAGUAUGCCAACAACCUAAUAGAGAGUGGCGUGCACGGCGCACUUCUGGCCUUGGAUGAGACCUUAGAUUUCAACGCCCUGGCACUGCUGCUGCAGAUUCCCACACAGAACACUCAGGCACGAGCUGUCUUGGAAAGAGAGUUCAACCACCUUUUGGUCAUGGGAACGGACAGAAGGUUUGACGAAGACGAUGAUAAAAGCUUCAGGAGGGCGCCUUCAUGGAGAAAGAAGUUCCGACCAAAGGAGGUCCGAGGCCUGGCUGCUGGCUCCGCGGAGACGCUUCCUGCCAACUUCCGGGUCACUUCCUCUAUGUCCUCGCCCUCUGUGCAGCCAAAGAAGAUUCAGAUGGAUGUUUACCCGCACUACUUCUACCGGUGACGAUGCGGCAAUGCGGCACAGCCCAGAGACCACGGCCAGAGCUGCGGAGUCUAGUCUCAGCACUUGCUCCAUGGACCCGGAGAUAUUUUAUUACAGAGUUUUUUAACUAGUGAAAAAAAUCACAAAUACCAUAGAGAAAAUAUUUUAGAAUCCAAUGUUUCUUAUAUUUAUGUAAACUUAGGCCUCUUCUUUAUAUAGUUACUUUCCAUGUAUGUCCAGGCUAUAAAUAUCCUUUUGAAUCAAUUCAUGUUCUCUGUCUAAUCUUAGUCUUUUAAAUGAAUGUACUGUAAUGCUUUAUGUAAAUCUAUGAGCAGAUGUAGGGCUUCUGUAAAUUAUGCAUUUAUUGUAAUUACCUGUUUAAUUUUUAAUGUCGAGCCCUGACAGAGGAAAGGGUUUUACUGCAUUUAGAAAGUCAUCAUGACAAGCCAUGUAUGUUUCUGCCCAGCUCCGCAGCAAUCACUUGGGAGACUUCAUUUACAGAUGUUUCUGUAUUCUAAGGACUGACCUUAACUGUACUUUUUCUAGCACGAAAUCUUGGCUUCUGCCAGGCUUGGGACCGAUGGUCAGAACUCUGAACCCUCCCAGCCCCGGCCACCCUCUGCCAUGCACUGGACAUGGGUCGUUUAUGCUGAGCAGAGCCAUGAGCUAGGAGCAGAGCUCUCCACGGCCGGGGUGGCUGCAGCCAGGGAGCUGAGCGUAACCUUCUGGAGCCUUCCAGCUGCCUCCCUCCAGUCAUUCUUCAAGGACCAAAAGCGGGGCAUGCACUCACCUCCCAGCCUGGGGCAGGGCAGGUGAAGGCAGGAGCAGGCACCCUGCACGUCUCACAGAGGCCUUACCCCUUACUACACGUCUUUUCUAUGUUCUCUGUAAGCAUGCUGAAAGGACCGACCCAGCUGUGCUGAGGGCGCCGUGCUCUGGCCGUCUUGGGUUGUGGUGGUGGCGGCGGAGCUGCUGUUGAAGGCACCUAGGAGCCAGCCAGCGGACCAGGCAAACGUGUUGUUGGUUAUGCAGCCGGUGAGCAGGAGAGGCAGCGUCUUCCUGCUCACCCUUUCUGCUGAAUUCACUUGUACAAUUUGUGGUUACCCUUCUGUUUUUCUCUUAAUCUUUCGUGACCCUCCCGAUUACGUAACUAAGUGUGUACAGUCGACUUUGGAACUGUUUUUAUCACAGUAUUAUUUAUUGCUUUCUUUCAAUAAAGUACUGAGCAUUUUCCACUGCCAGUCAAGCAUA